AUGGAAGAAACCAAGAAUCAAGAGUAUGCUAAGCUUUGUAAAGUCAUUCUAUCCAACUGCAGUUUAAAGCACCCUAUGGGCCGAUUACCUGAAAAUCCUUGGUUUCUCAAUAUCACAAAAAAUGAAAAGGUUUCUAGUUUGCUAUUGCAAUUAUUAUUUGAUACCAAUAGAAAAUCAAAGCGAUUUGCUGAAAAGGCUACAGCUAUAAUUAUAGCAGAAAGAAAUGAAUUAGAAAAUAUUCAAAUCAGCAGAGCAUCUUUGCUACAGGAAAAUAUUGAUAUUAGAGUAAGUUUAAACAAAAUUAAGCAAUUGCCAGAAGGAGAGACAAUAAUAAAGUUGAAAGUGAAUACUGCUCAAUGCAGAGGCGAGCCUAUAUCUUUAUCUAUUUGAUUAGGAGAUGAGGUAAGAAAUCUUGAUGUUGGUGAUGAGAUUGAAUCACAAAUUAGUAUAAAGAACACUGCUGAAAUAAAAGCUUAUAAGGAUGGAGAAUUAUUAGGAGUUUGCGAGCUGUUUUUAGGAAGUCUUCUUGAAGACACACACUAUCUAAGAGUUGCAGGUGCUGAUGAAUUUAAAAAUAAUUUUUCUAGAGAUUUCAAUGAAUAUAGCUUUGAAUUAGAAGCUGUCCUUAAGCUCUCAAAACAAGAUAGAGAAGAAAUCCUUGUCCAACAUUUAAUUCAAAGUGAAGAGCAAUUAAAUGAAAAACAAGAAACAGAAGAUUUUGUUGAUGAACUAAUGAGAGCUCUUGGAGUCUUAAUCUUAAUUACGAGAUUAUCAACUGCUAAGCUGUUAUCUUUAACGCAGUCACCCAGACCCGAAGGUUCCUCUGCUUUGCGACGCCGCCUACAGGACUCCAAUUUAAUUGCUAGCCUGUUCUGUUGAACGUCUCCUCCUUGCAAGCUACAACCUUGCUCCAGUGUUGAGUGGGCAGAUUUAAGAAUUCUGCGGCUUUGUUUGAGGCUGUGAGAUACAAGGUUGUCCACACAGAAAACCCAAAAAAUGGAUUUUCUGGUGAACUUUCGGCAAAAAGGAAAAGUUGAAGCCCAGGGCGAAACUCCUGGUUUCUCGUUAGCAGCAUUGCCCGAUGGCCUGGGUGUUCCCUGCAGGCAUAACUGGGCGCCUCCUUUCCAACUUCAACCCUCCUUUACCCUUGAGGAAAAACCAACUCCGAAAGCGGACUAAGGCUAGGCUCCUGCCUCCUGCGAGAAUUGCUUGCCUAGCAUAGCUGUCCAUUUCUUCGUUGGCAAAACCUUGCCGGAUAUACUUUAAAUAGGGCUCGAGACUGCUUGGCCGGGAGGCCAAGCCUAAGUUGAGACGCCAUAUUUAAAGUAUGAGCUCUUGGGGUCAAAGUUAAUGAAGACGGAGAGUAUGAGACAGUUUACAAGCCUGUAAGAGCUGCACCGCCAAAAGAAAGAGAAGAUUACUGUACUUGUUGUCUUCUGUAG